UUACGGAACGGGCCAUCCCAAUUUCUCAAGUUCCGCCUGUAUAUCUAGAAGACUCCGAGGAAAUACCUGAAAUAGGAACUCCUCCUCCUCCAACACCAAAUAUUCAGGACGAUGUAGCUUCUGACAUGACUGACGAAGAUUGGGAAGAUUUACUUGAACAAACUCAACAGAUCCUCGUCGUACUUAUACUUCCAUUCAUAGGACGGUGGCUAGGUCGAAAGUUUUCUUUCUGGGGUAACUAUUAA